GUAAUUUCUGGGAAAUUUCCUCACUCUUUCAUCCAUUCAAUCUCUUGUUUCAAAUAAAUAUCCAUACCUAGUAAAUCCUCCCAUCAUUACUCAACAACAAGAAACAUAAAUGCAUGUGCUGACUCUUGCAAACACUUCCAAGGUAUUACAAACGGAGCAAACUGCAAAAGCCCGUAACAGAACAGCAACAAUUAAGCAGCUGGCUCAAAUGGUUACGAAUUGGCUCAAGUUAGCCCUCAAAUUCUACAAUUCCAGCAUGGGGCUGGGGGGCAUUGCCAUAAUCGUAUACGGUGUUCUAAUGAUCCGAGUUUGGCAAACGGAUGAAAAUGGCUCGUCUUCUCACCAUAUUUCUAUUCCAUGGUUCUUUCAUGCUUUCGUUGUUGUCGGCAUUGCUUUGUGCGCAACCACCUGCCUAGGCCACAUUGCUGCAAAAACAGCUAACGUUCCUUGCCUCUCUUGCUAUAUAAGUGUCGUUCUGCUGCUGUUCCUGUCAGAGAUUGUGAUCAUGGCAGAUUUGUUUCUGAAUCCUAACUGGGAAAAGGAGCUACCAGAAAAUCUAUUCGACAGGAUUGAUGAGUUCAAUGAUUUUGUCAAAUCAAAUGAUUCCAUCUGGAGAUGGGUUAUCUGGUCGAUUUUUCUAGUCCAGGGUGUUUGUGUCCUCUUAGCCACAAUUCUGAGGACUCAUGAAACAAACGAGGUUGAUGGCUACGACGGUGAAACGGAAGACAGGGAUUCGCGACAACCACUUCCACUUUUGGCCCGUGCGUCAGUCGAUGCUUACAUCAUCUGAAGUAAUCUCAGCCAGAAGGUGAAAUCCUGGGAUAAAUUUGCAUCUACUUGUUCUUGGGGAUUUUCGACAAAUUACUGAUACUAAAUUUUCAUACUGUGAUAUGCUGUUCUAAAGCGUGAUAACUGAUCUCACUUUUAAUAAUACAAUUUGCUUGUGGUAUCAUUUUGGUUUCUAGUA